AUGGAAAACCUGACUACUGUAAAGAGGCAGGAUGUAGUCGUGCCACCGUUCCAACCAGACUUAAGUCAAUUGGCUCUUUCGGCUCUGAUCUGGAUCGAGCUCGUCGCCUGUUUCUUUUUUGUCACCCUACGCACUUGGGUGCAGUACCGCAACAGCAAGAGACUAUUCAGCAACGACUGGCUGAUAUUUGCGGCAAUUGUCUGCCAUGCUGGUGCCGUGGCAGUUUGUCAGCUCGCAAUUCCGUACAUGUACGAUAUCGAGAGGCUCAAGCUGGUGCUAGAAGCUGGAGGCACGCCUUCUACGCAAAUGGUGGCCAGCGCUCAGACCUUCUUGCAGUUUCAAUUCGCGUUAUUGCUGCUGCUUUGGACCACACUCUGGCUGGUGAAAUUCUCGCUGCUGAUAUUCUUCUGGCGUCUGUUCGAGUCAGUCCACACCAAGGUUCGAAUAUUCUGGUACAUCAUGUUGGCCGUGACCGCAUCGACCUAUAUCGUCACGAUAUUCGUACAGCUCUUCGCCUGUGGAUCGCCUCAAAACUUCUUCAAACUGUCCGGCUGUGCGGACUCCUAUCAUAUGUAUCUGUCGAAUCUUGUCUUCCUGUUCUCGGCCGGAAGCGACAUCGCUGGCGACGUCUUGAUUCUUCUCAUUCCUUUUCCGCUGCUCUGGAAACUGCGAACGACGCGACAACAGAAGGUUAUACUCGUCAUCAUUUUCCUGCUGCCCCUGGUCCCGAUCAUCUUUGGCGUUUUGAGACUGGUUCUCUGCAACCCUGUCACAGGAGUAGUGAACGUCAUCCGGUUCCAGCUUUACUCGCUGCUCGAAAACACCGCAGCUAUCAUCACCGCAUGCCUGCCAUCGUUAAGACUCUUCGUGACAAGUUCACGCAACAACAGCAGAGCCACAGGGACUGUUUAUUAUAAUGGGGGCUCUGGCCUGUCACGAAGUGCGAAAAGUCGAGGCCACGACCAGUCAGGACCCGUCCGUCUCGGUAGCUCCGCAACAGAGCAAGACGGAACACCAUUUGACACCAGGGCAUUCUCAAGAGUAGAGUCAGAAGAGGAGGCUGGUAUCUGCGGAAAGGGGAUGAUGAUGACCAGCCUCACAGGAAGAGAAGCAUCUGAUGUCUCAGAUCCGGCGGUUGAUCUCAAGCAUACCUAG